AUUAUAGAUAGAGAAACCCUAAAAUCCUGUCAGCUUCUGAAGAGCUACAAUUUAGGGUUUCUGUAUCGGCAUGCAUGUAUUUUUCAGGUCGAUAAAUCCUUUAUUAAUGAUAUUGUCAACGCCUGUGUGUUGAUCCAGAGCUUACGUUGUCAUUUUUUAUCAGCCACUACUUAUAGAACCCUCUUUUGGUUAACCCUUUUUCCUACUCCUGAAAACAAGUUUUAAUUGGCAAACAAUAUUUUCGUUUAAAAAGGCUUAAACAAUCUUGUCUUGAGCUCAAGAAUCUGGUAGCCCUAAAACUCGAUAUUUUAAAUCGACUUUUGUUUAGUGUGAAUAGAUUGAAGCAGCAGCACUUGGGAGAUUGGUUUUGGUUCAUCCCAUUUGGAAAAAAACAAAUCCUGCUGCGGUAGGGAUUUGUGAAUUUUUCCUAAGGGUCCGCCCAUUUUUUUCAUCGGCGACACAAUUUGUGCAGAAUCUUGAGCACAGCAAUAAGAUGGAUAAAGCAUUGUCAAAUGAGCCCGAAGCUAUGGCAAUUGAACAAACAAAUUCCGAGGGUACCUCAGGGAGGGCUAAUAUUCACAAUGGAGCUUCGGACAUCCCUCCCACAAAGCCGCAAUUUGAACCGUUGACUGCUUAUGAAAGAUCUGGUGGGCGCCCCGAAUUUCGGAAAGUGUCUGUUCCACCUCACCGUUUUACACCUCUGAAGAAAAUUUGGAUGGAGAUUUACACUCCUAUUUAUGAGCAGAUGAAGAUUGACAUUCGGAUGAAUAUCAAGGCCCGUAGAGUUGAAUUAAAGACACGCCCAGACACCCCAGAAAUCAGUAACCUGCAGAAAUGUGCUGACUUUGUCCAUGCUUAUAUGCUUGGUUUUGAUGUACCUGAUGCCAUUGCACUUUUGAGGUUGGAUGACCUUUAUGUAGAAUCCUUUGAGAUUAAAGAUGUUAAAACACUCCGUGGAGAGCAUCUUUCUCGAGCAAUCGGCAGGUUAACUGGGAAAGGUGGAAAGACAAAGUUUGCAAUUGAGAAUUCAACGAGGACUAGAAUUGUGAUUGCUGAUUCAAGAAUUCAUAUUUUGGGAUCUUUCUUGAAUAUCAAAGUUGCUAGAGAUGCUUUGUGCAGCCUUAUUUUAGGAUCUCCAGCAGGUAAGGUCUAUUCAAAAUUGAGAACGGUGACGGCAAGAAUGGCAGAGAAGUUUUAGUAGCCCCUGCUAUUGUCUUCUUCCAGUUUCUUUACCUAUUUAACAUAAUUUUUGUUGAAGAGAGCAUGUGCACAUCUUCGGUAUUUGGAUGGUUUCACUGGUUUUAUUUUUUGUUCUAUGUAAUUUUUAUAAGCAAAGCAUACAAUUCAAUUUUAUUUUUUGGAACUAGUUAUGCAAUAGUUCCAGUAGAUUUUGUCUCGUGAAUGGAUUUUCUCGGUGAAGGUGGGAAGGUGUUGCCAAGUCAGCUGAAUCACUUUUAGAGAUUAUAGAUAACUUGGCAUAUCAGAAGAUAAAACAUGCUUUGUAUAGCACAGUACUUAAAGAAAAUUGAUGGUUAUUGGAAAUCAGUAAUAGUAUUUGAUUAAUUAGUAAUAGCCAUAUUAAGAUA